AGCUCUUUGUCUCUGUGGCCGUGAGCUACUGUGCGUUACUGCUGAUGGUUUUGAGCACAUGGGCACUCAGAGAAAACACAGGGAACAUACUGACCAGACAAACGAAAAUCAGACAACUAGAGAAGCAGACAGGCAGAUAGAGAGAUAGACAGGUCUCAGCGUCAUAGCCCGGGGCUGGGGCUCUGUACGGGGUUGACAGUGAACACACUGCCGCUUGCAGGAUUCACUCGCUGCAGGACGAGGCGGGCGGAGGCAUGGAAAUCGUUGCAUGCCACUGUCUCUUUUCACGUUAACGUUACCGCCACGGCAUUGACCAUACUGCUUUUGCUUGAAAUGAAGCUCAGUUGGAUUGUUGUGUAACCGCACAGAGAAAAGGAGGCCUUUCGCUAUACUGGACUGAUGGCUCCAGAGUAACAUGCCAUGGCUUUAAUGAUCCCCCCUGUGAAACUGAAAUGGCUGGAGCACCUGAACAGCUCAUGGAUUACCGAGGACAGCGAGUCCAUAGCCACACGGGAGGGAGUUUCUGUGCUCUACUCAAAGCUGCUGGCCAACAAAGAGGUUGUACUGCUGCCCCAGCAGGUGCUGUGUCUGAAGGGCCCCCAGCUCCCAGACUUUGAGCGCGAGUCCCUCUCUAGUGAUGAGCAGGAGCACUACCUGGAUGCUCUGCUCAGCAGCCAAUUGGCGUUGGCCAAGAUGGUGUGCUCCGAUUCCCCGUUUGCUGCCGCUCUGCGGAAACGUGUGCUGGUGCUUCAACGCGUCUUCUACGCACUUUCCAACAAGUAUCAUGACAAGGGCAAGGUUAAGCAGCACCAGCACUCACUGGAGAACAACUCGGGUUCGGCUGAUCUGCACUCUGUCAGUGAGCGGCCACGGUCCAGCACUGACGCCCUCAUUGAGAUGGGUGUUCGCACUGGCCUGAGCCUUCUCUUUGCUCUGCUGCGCCAGAGCUGGAUGAUGCCUACUGCACCGAACCCAGGUGGAAAUCCUGGGAGCAACAUAAACUUGUGUAAUGAUGUCAUUCACACAGCCAUUGAUGUUGUUAGCUCCCUGCCAGCACUCUCUCUUGCCAAUGAGAGCAAGAUCCCACCAAUGGGACUGGACUGCCUGUCCCAGGUUACCACCUUUCUGAAGGGAGUGACAAUGCCAAAUUCUGGGGCAGAUAUUUUAGGGCGGCGGCUGGCCUCAGAACUACUACUGGGGCUGGCUUCACAGAGGGGUUCUCUGCGCUACUUGCUGGAGUGGAUUGAGAUGGCUUUGGCUGCGUCAGCUGUGGUCAGUACGAUGGAGCAGAAUAAGUUGCUACAGAACCAAGAAGGCCUCAUUAGCUAUGAUUGUUUCAUGAACAUCCUCAUGCAGAUGAGGCGCUCUUUGGGUUCCUCAGCAGAUCGUAGCCAGUGGCGAGAACCCACACGGACCUCUGAUGGCUUGUGUUCAUUAUAUGAGGCGGCACUCUGUCUUUUUGAAGAAGUAUGUCGAAUGGCAUCGGACUACUCUCGCACUUGUGUUAGCCCGGACAGCAUACAGACUGGCGAGACACCUGUGGUGUCGGAAACCUGUGAAGUGUAUGUGUGGGGCAGCAACAGCAGCCACCAGCUAGUGGAGGGAACACAAGAGAAGAUACUGCAGCCCAAGCUGGCUUCGAGUUUCGCAGAUGCACAAACAAUUGAGGCAGGCCAGUACUGCACCUUUGUGAUCUCCUCGGAUGGGUCUGUGCGGGCCUGCGGGAAGGGCAGUUAUGGCCGUCUAGGCCUCGGAGACUCCAACAACCAGUCGACCCUCAAAAAGUUGACCUUUGAACCCCACCGUGCCAUCAAAAAGGUGUCAUCAUCCAAGGGAUCAGACGGCCACACGCUGGCCUUCACCACAGAGGGUGAGGUAUUCAGCUGGGGAGACGGUGAUUAUGGCAAACUGGGCCAUGGGAACAGCUCAACACAGAAGUACCCAAAACUUAUCCAGGGGCCGCUGCAGGGGAAGGUGGUGGUGUGUGUGUCUGCUGGCUACAGACACAGUGCUGCAGUCAGUGAAGAUGGAGAGCUGUACACAUGGGGAGAAGGAGACUUUGGAAGAUUAGGUAUGUUGUCGAGCUACAGUCCAUUCAUUUCCACCUUUGCUGUCAAGUAAUGUGCAGAUCCAUCCAGUUCUCUUUCAGAGCAUUCGUUUCAUGUCUCACUAAGGGAACGCCUCCUGCGUGACCUCAUCAGAAGCUCAAAUACCAUUACGCCAGCCCUUACAGGCUGGCUAGGUGACGCCCAUGUCAGGAGGGGCCAGUGCCUCCCUAUAUAAUAGGCUGACAUAGCGUCAGAUGUCAUUCAAAAACCUCUUCUCGCUUCUCACAGAAGCUUGUAGACAACUGUGCUAUUGGGUGCUAAAGCUAAACUGUCCACAGAUUCGAGUGAACAACUCGGUCGCCGGGCGCUUUGUUCCCAGCUUUUCAGUUGUCCACUAGCAUACAAGCAGUAGCAAUACUGUUCUGGAGCUAGUGCGGG